GAAAUAGACCAAAGCUUGAGCGGAAGUACUGAAAACGAGACGAAAAAAAAGAAAGAAAAAUUGGUGCUUUGGAGGAAAAUUAAGAGUGCCUUUUUUAUAUAUCGAAGCAACAAACUGUCACAGAGGAUUUACCCAAACAUGGACAGAUAGUGUCUUUUUAACUGGGUCGUGAUCCUGUAGAAAGUUAUCCGUCACGUCUAGAUCCUCUGGUACUGCCAUUCAGGAUUGCUACAGUCACAUAAGGGCCACCACAGUGUUGCUUCCAGAGAAACUACAGAAUAUCUUCUCUUCCUGUGGCCACCAACAUGGCUAACAGCAACCCAAUAAUAGUGAAGGGUCUGCCCUCAGGUCCGGCGGGCAGAAGCAGUCCAGAAGGAAAUCAGGUGCUCAGUAAGAAGAAGUUACAGGACCUGGUGAGGGAGAUUGACCCAAACGAGCAGCUGGAUGAGGAUGUUGAGGAGAUGCUGCUUCAAAUUGCAGAUGACUUCAUAGAGAGUGUGGUGACAGCAGCCUGUCAACUGGCACGUCAUCGCAAAUCCAAUACGUUGGAGGUUAAGGAUGUUCAGUUACAUCUAGAGCGGCAGUGGAACAUGUGGAUUCCUGGUUAUGGUUCUGAUGAGAUCCGGCCGUUUAAGAAGGCUUGCACCACAGAGGCUCACAAACAGAGAAUGGCACUGAUCCGCAAGACGACCAAAAAGUAGCACGGCAAAUUAUUUUCUUGUACCUAACUCUGUGUAUUUUCUCUUCUUUUUUUCUUUUUUUUUUUUGACUAAUGCAGAAAAGCUAAGCGUUUUUUGUUGAGAGUUGUUUUGCUUUUGACAUAAAAUAGUGUUAAGUACUCAUUUCUUUCUAACUUUUAAAUGUUUUUGCCAGAAUUGUUGCACAGAAAUUGUAUUUGUAUGUUUCAUUCUGUUUUGUUGCCACUGAGCUAAGUCUGGCAGAGAACUUCAUUGCAAUCUUUGCCAAUAAACAUUUACUGGAAUAUUU